UCUUCUAAUCUUCUUAUCUUGUUUUCCGACGAUCUCGUGAUUUCCGCACGUGUAUUGGGAUUACCUAACGCAGAUUACAAUACCGCUCCAGUCCUUCCAUUUCUGGAACCAACCUUAGUUUUUCUUUUCGGCGUCUCCAGCCUGCCAUUAAGAUAAUAACCGCUCUGCACAUUGUAUAUUCCUCUGUCGAUAUACGGACCGUUUAUCGGGGACAUAAAUCUACCAGCUGUAUCGCUGAUCACACUAAAAGAACUUCUUACGAUACUUCCCCUCAACCGUCGGAAUGGCCUCUACUUUAAACCCCACCUCUGGCGCCACCAACCCCUCACCCCAGAAGACAUUCACGGUUGGGACGCGCAAAUCUAAACUUGCCCUUUCGCAAACAGAACUGGUCGUCGCCGCGCUUAAAGAGGUAUAUCCUGACUAUGAAUUCAAAAUACACUCGCAGGAAACUGCCGGAGAUUUGAACACGACUAUUGCUUUCCGAGAGUUCACGACGAAGAACCUAUGGACGGAGGAAUUGGAGGAACAUUUAAUGGCUGGGCGAGUGGAUUUCAUUGUCCAUUCACUGAAAGAUGUGCCAACUGUCCUACCUCCCACAUGUGCGUUGGGCCCUAUGAUGAAGCGUGAAGAUUCCAGGGAUGUUCUAGUUGUUAAAAAAGGGCUACCAAGCAUGUCUUUUGCCGAUAUGCCUGCGGGAUCUGUUGUUGGAACCUCCUCCAUUCGCCGUACUGCUCAACUAGCUCUAAAAUACCCCCACUUGAAUGUCAUGGAUGUUCGUGGGAAUAUUGGUACUCGACUUGCCAAACUGGAUGCAGAGGACUCGCCUUACACUUGCAUUAUCUUGGCAGCUGCUGGUUUACUGAGAUUGGGCCUUGAUGACCGCAUCUCACAGUAUCUGGACUCUAAGAACGGCGGGAUGCUUUAUGCAGUUGGUCAGGGUGCGUUGGGCAUCGAAAUCCGAAAGGAUGAUCGGGUGAUACGUGAUAUGCUGAACAAUAUCGGUCAUAAUGAAACAACCUUUGCCAGCCUUGCUGAGCGGAGCCUGCUACGGACCCUUGAAGGUGGCUGCAGUGCGCCACUUGGGGUUGAAACUGAAUGGAUUCAAUCCUCUGAUGGAUCAAAGAAGCUUCGAAUGAGAUCUAUAGUUGUCAGUGUGGACGGUAAGGAAAGCGCUGAGGUUGAAAUCGAUGGAUCCGUCGAGUCCGCUCAAGCUGCUGAAGACUUUGGUGUGGCUGUCGCCAAAGAAUUGGUAUCCAAGGGAGCUGGAAAAAUCCUCGAGGAUAUCCAGCGGAACAAGCAGGCCGCUUAAGUGAUGAUAGUAUAGAUAGAUGUCCUGUGCUGAGGGGCUGGUCUUCUCCAUGGUUCAGAAAUUGUACCUAGACAGACAACUGUACAUAACAGAGAAAAUAUCGGCUUCAUAUGCUCCAUAUCAUACUUGCUAUUGAAAGAAACCUCGCAUGGAAGCUUGUUCCCG